GCAAGUAAAACACUUCCGAGUCUAAAAACAUGGCGGCUCAAACCGGGUUGUCAGCACCGGCCCUCGCGGGUCGCGGUGAUGUCCCGGUGUUUCCUCCGGUUGCUUUGUCCGCGGAGGCGGCCCCGUUCAAUCCGCUGGAUGGUUGGCGGCUCGGCUCAACGUCCGACGCCGAGAAACAGUUUUCCCGCUGCGCAGCGAGGCUCAGAGCCCUGCGGGCAGACACCGGGCAGCUACGAGAGGAGCUCAACCUGCUGUUCGACCAGCUGCUGUCCGAAAACUACAACAAGACCUUCGAGCCCAACAUCAACAUCCGACCAGAGGAUGUGUGCAGUCUGCUGAAACACGCCAGCUGCCUCGUGCCGCUCAGUCAAGAACAUUUAGUCAUCAAACUCUGCCAGCUAGUGCAUCACCUACUCAACCAGCUGAAGGUAAUAAUGGACGAGCACACGUUGGAUGUGCUGGUUAACUACACCGUCAGGGCACUGAAAGUGUGUAGUACAUGGACACACUCCGAUGUCCUCCUCGCUCUCUCCACAGUGGUGUAUGGAAAUGGACCUCAGUGUCACCAGCACCUCAGCGAUUUGCUGGGUGAAGACGGACUCCUGCUGCUGUACAGUUCUCCACUUCAGCCAAAUAUGGAGUUACGCCGCGUUGCUCUCACCUGUAUGGCCAACAUCUGUCUCAGGAUCCCUGGUCAGCCACCUCUGGAUGAUCAGUACAGAACUGUAUCUUUCAGCGUCUUCCUGAAAACACUGCAGUCGCCCAAACCUCCCAACACGGAUGAGCUCUUCUACUGCAUGGUGAUUCAGGCAGCACUGAAGGGGCUUCAGUGUGUUUUCUCAGGUGGAAAGUGGAAAUUUGGCGGAGGGGACGAGCUCGGGUCUAUACUGGCCUCACUUAAGAGGCUCAUGUUCCAGGGCACUCCAGGUGUGAGUGUGGAGUGGCCGGCUGUCCUUUACCCAGCGCCUCUUCCACAGUACGAGGGUCUCUCUACACAGAAACCCACUGAACCACAGAAAACUUCAGAGCCGCCAAAGGAUGCCGCUGUGUCGGGCAAACCCUCAGGGAAUAAAAAGAAGAAACACAGAGGGAAGGGGAAGAAGACGAGCACCGAGGAGAGCAGAGGGGACGAUGAAGAGGAAGACAGAGAGGCAGUGCUUGCACUUCAGAAAGGAGGGGUAAGAGAGGGAGGCAGAGGUGAGGCAGAGUCCUUGUCUAAACCCUCUGCUCAGUCCCUUUACCCCUCCUGGAAAAGAACCAGUUCUGACUCUGAGUUUUCUGACCCAGAAGGCAGUGCACAGAGCAAACUAAGGCUUUAUCAUGGUCGUGUGCGGCAGGGAGCUCUGCACUGUCUGCUAGCGGUGGUGAAAGGUGUAGAGAAGAGAACUCUGUACGGGUACUGGUCCUCCUUCAUCCCAGACUCUCCUAUCGGCGGACCCCCGCCUCUCACUCUCCUCACCAUUAUACUGAAGGACCCCUCUCCAAAGGUUCGUGCGUGUGCUCUUCAGGUGUUGUCGGCCAUGUUGGACGGCUCCCGUCAGUUCCUGGCCGUCGCCGAAGACACGGCGUCUCCUCGUACGUCUUACACCCCUUUCUCCUUCCUGCUGGCCACGGCCGUCAGAGAGCUGCACCGUGCUCUCAGUCUGGCUCUGCUGGCUGAGACCUCCCCUCAGACCCUCACUCAGGUCAUAAAGUGUCUGGCCUACCUGGUGGCGAAUGCUCCCUAUCACCGCCUCAGACCUGGUCUGCUCAGUCCACUGUGGAAGCAGAUGCGUCCUUAUGUGCGUCACAGAGAUGUGAACGUCCGUGUGUCCGUCCUCACACUUUAUGGCGCUCUGGUGACGACCCAGGCUCCUCUCCCUGAGGUGCAGCUCCUCCUCCGACAGCCAGAGGGCAGCAGCAGCAGCGCUGGCUCGUUCACCCCGCAGGACUCAGCUCUCAGCUGGAGACGAAGAGACGGAUUGUCCUCGCCUUCUCGCACCCCGGUCACGCCCUCUCAGAGGAGCUCGCACACACACUCUCCUGGCCAUCCCCGUACACCAGCAGAGGAGGACAGCCCAUCACCGUGGCUGCUGCAGCUGUGCGUGUCGCUUGUGACUCAGCCCAGAGAGGACCAAUCAGACAGCGACGGGGCGGGAAUGGGAGGAGGUGCUGCUUUAGAGCCCUCCCCUGUCCGACUAGAAGCUCUGCAGGUCAUGUCCCACCUGGUGCGCGGCUACUUCUCUCUAGCCCAGUCGUGUCUGUGUGAGAUCGGGCAGGUGAGCGCCCGCUGCCUUGGAGAGUCUGACCCCUCCAUACAGCUGCAUGGAGCAAAGUUACUAGAGGAGCUGGGCACAGGAAUAAUCCAGCAGUACAGAGCAGAGAACAACGUGCCUGAGAGCUCGAGGGUUCCCAUGAGCCAAGUGGUAUCGUUUUGGUCGGAAGUCUUGAGUGGUCCUCUGAACGCAGCGCUGCAGAACGAACAGCAUCCCACGCUGCAGACGAGUGCCUGCGACACGCUCUCCUCCAUCCUGCCACAGGCCUUCGCACAGCUGCCUGACAAGACUCAGCUGAUGUGCAUCACCGUGCUGCUUGGGCUGACCUACAGUGAAAACUACCUGGUGAAGACGGCAGCCGUGAGGGCUCUGGGAGUCUACAUCCUGUUCCCCUGUCUGAGAGAGGAUGUGAUGUUCAUAGCCGACACAGCAAAUACCAUCCUCGCUGCCCUGGAUGAUCGAUCUCCAAAUGUCCGUGCCAAGGCUGCCUGGUCGCUGGGCAACCUGACAGACACGCUCAUUGUUAAUAUGGAGAGUGUAGGAGUGGACUUCCAGGAGGAGUUAUCAGACAUGCUGCUACUGAAGAUGUUGCAGGCAGCCACUCGAGCAUCGGCCGACAAAGACAGAGUGAAGUGCAACGCGGUGCGAGCACUCGGGAAUCUGCUUCAUUUCCUGCGCGAGAGUCAGCUGACCCGCUCUGCGUUCCAGCGGCCACUGGAAGACGCAGUCCGCGCUCUGGUUAAAACUGUCCAAUCGGAGGCCACUAUGAAGGUCCGAUGGAACGCCUGUUACGCACUGGGAAACGCUUUCAGAAACCCCGCCCUGCCACUCGAUUCAGCCCUGUGGUCUCAAGACGCGUUCUCCUCCCUCUGCCACGUCGUCACUUCCUGUAAGAACUUCAAGGUGCGGAUCAAGUCUGCUGCCGCCCUGGCAGUGCCCGGCCACCGUGGCUGCUAUGGGGACGUCAAUCGCUUCAGCUGUGUGUGGCGUUCUCUGGCCACAGCGCUGGAGAACAGCGAAGACACAAACGACUUUUUAGAAUACCGCUACAGUGCCAGCCUGCGACACACGCUGUCACAAGCUCUGCUGCACCUGCUCAGCGUCAGCCAGUCGCAGGACAUGCCCACGCUCAGGGAAUCGCUGUCCGGGGACGAGGGGAGGGGCAUCAAAGAGCAUUUGAUCAAAUACGUGAAAGCGGAGGAAGGAGGGGGAGACGGGGAACAGGGAGAGAACGAUGCAGGGGGAGACAGAUUCACCCCUCAGCAGAGAGUCGGAGGUCUGCAGCAGACCCUGAUCAGACUGAAGGGGUUGAAGGCCGAAGGGGAGGGAAGGAGGGAGGAGGAGAGGGGGAGGGAGGUGGUGGUUCUUUUCCUGGAGGAUCUGUUAAAGACCUGUGAAGAGUUGUAGAGAGUCUGGUUUCCUGCUCGUGCGCUGGCUUUCAGAAAACUGUCUGAGAUCACGAAGACUGUCUCAGGUUGGACAGAUGGAGAAACGUCCAACUGCACACAGACUGAAGGUAAACGAUUACAUAACAAAGAACUACAGGACUCACUUUUUUUAUUCCUUGUGUCUAUUUGCACUUUUUUAUGGAUUAACUUCAGAUAUAUAUAUAUAUUUACUUUACAAAUACUAAUUUAGCGCAUUUAUAGCCUGCCACCACCCAAAUGUGCUUUUUAUACUACAUAUCACAUUCACCCAUCAUACAUCCAUUCUGUAAGCGCUCAUCCUCAUCGGGGUUGCGGGUCACCAGCUCAUCACACAUAGCACAUAGAGACAAGCAACAUAGCAACAACACUCACACUGAUACCUACUAGCAAUUUAAAGAAAGACCCGAGGUUCAAGCUGUCCACGCUGUCGCUGUGAGCCGCCUGCCACAUUCAUGAUAGAUAGAUUUGUCAAUCUAAAAAGAAAGCUCAUGACUGAUUUAUCGCCUUUGAGUGGAUUCAUAAUGAUGACAUGAACAUAUUGUCGUUAUUCAGCAGAUUUUAUUGUUUAGUUCAUUAAGAAGAGAAACUUAAUUUAUGUUUUAUUUGUCAACAAUAUUCUAAAUGCCUUCAUUGAUUCCAGUAAUAUUGCGGAGCCAUAAUUCAGAUUAUGAAGUACACUACAUUGUGUGUGUGUGUGAACACCGCAACAAUGAUGCUGAUGGACUGACUGACACAUUUUGGGUUCAGAGCGUUGCAUACGGUACCGUCUGUGUCUUUUUUUAUCGGCUUCAUCUCGCUACGUGCUGUUUAGAUUUCAAAUGCUGACCUGCACAGAAUGAAUAAAUCAAUGAAUACAAAUCUAUCAGAGUUGCUUUAAUGGAAAAAUAUAAAUAUUUUCAAGUUUAAACUUUAUUGUUUUAUGUGCAAACCUUGUUACCUGUAGCAAUAAAUGUUGAGUAUGAAGUAUCAUAUUUAAACUCUCCAAAGCCAGCAGUGAAUGAAAAUAUGAAUUUAUGUGCAAGACUGGAUUACCAAGCAGCCGACAGCCAAAAGUUCCUUUAACCUAAAUCUGAAGUGUCUGUCUGAUAAACACAAAUAUGAUGUUAAUUCUUUAAUGUUGUAACAAGAAAGUGACAGACGGAUGAUGAAGUCUAACUGUAUUUACACGAAUGUCACUUUGAACAUUAAAUCCUUUCAGUUGAA